CCCACCACGCACUGGUUAUUUCUUGUGCUUAACUUUGUUUCUUUCGUUUCCAGACAAAGCUUCCCUCUUCUGGCCAACAUUAGGAGACGCUGCCUCUCGGGUGUGAACGGACGAUGGCACCAAACAGUGGGCGUGGGGCUGGGAGUGGCCUUGUGUGCUGUCCCGGUCGUGGAGAAACAGAACUCAGUUUCUCUCAGUAACGAUGCCUUGAUUAAACGGGCCGUUUCCUUGGUAACAGACAGUACUUCUACGCUCCUCUCUCAAACAACAUACGCACUGAUUGAAGCAUUGACAGAGUAUACAAAGGCUGUUUAUACGCUGGUGUCUCUCUACAAGCAAUACGCAAAUCUUCUGGGGAAGAUGAAUUCAGAAGAGGUGGAUGCAGUCUGGCAGGUGGUAAUAGGAGCCAGAGUUGAUGUAAGCAAUCGNCAGGAAUACCUCAGGCUGGAAUCCAGCUGGAUGACAGCGUUACGUCUCUCAGAGAUGGCAGCAGAAGCUGCGUAUCAAUCAGGUGCAGACCAAGCCUCGGUGACAGCCCGCAGCCACAUUCAGCUAGUGAAAUCACAAGUGCAAGAGGUUCGACAGCUGUCCCAGAAAGCAGAGACUAAGUUAGCUGAAGCUCAAACAGAAGAGCUCAUAAAAGCUCAAGGAGAGGAAGCAUCCUUGCCACAGGGUGUUUUAGGAAGUACAGAUGCCGGUGAGGACCCUUACCUUCGGGAGGACUGAAAAGAACUUAAGUGUCACCGCAGAAUAUCUGAGAGUCAAUCGCAAAUUGAAGGGUCCCAAACUUUUAAGCAUGGGAUAGUGGGAAACUGCUGAAAUAAGCCUAUGAUUCCAUUUUUUUCCCCCAAAUCAAGUCAAUUCCAAGUAUCUGAAAGGCCUUGAUCUUGUUUGUAAGUUAUCAUGUUUGUAAUACUUAUGGAUUCAAUUAUUUAAAUGUUUAACUAUGCAAAUGUGAAGAUUGCUAUCAAGGAUAGCUUGUUGUUAAUUGUCUCUCUGCUGGGAGGGUCCUACCGCUCGUUUGAUAUGCUUGCAAGAGCUCUCUUAACUGAGAGGCUAACGAGGUACCAGCCAAAGAAGUGUAUUUAAAAGUAAUUAUUUUUAACCUGUGAAGUAAGUGAUGUCUGUUAGGAGAUAUCUUUAUUAAACUGUGCAAAACCAUCUCGCUGCAGGUGUGCCCGUUUGGAUAAGAAAUUAAGUGCUGUUUGAACUUAAAAGGUUGUAACAGCCCUGAGCCUGACAGCUGCAUCAAAUUACACUUAAUUGCAGUCAGGGGAAACACUUGCUGUAGAGCUGAAAACUUUCUAUGGAGUUACCCCGGCUGCUUUUAGUGAAGUUCUGCAGUUCUGUACAGCAACCUCUUUCGCCCAAGAGUCACCACCUGUACCGCGGCUGCCUUUCCCAGAAAGCAAAGGGAGAUUUGAUUGUCAAGAUAACUGUGGUUAUAAGCAAAGUCGUUGUGGCAACUGCUGUGUACUUCUCUACAGAGCAGUGAGCAAAAGCAGGUUUGACAUUAUCUGAAUGCUUUCCAGCACAAGUUUCAGGAAACUAAUUUUAAUUCUCUCUUCUUGCAAGCUUUAAUGUUUUGCUGCAGGCUUCAAAACCACAAGCGUCUUUCAGUGUGUUCAUUUUCUAACUUGUCAGCUUAAUGUGAAAUUGGCAAUAUUAACUGUGUAGGCCAUGUAAACAUAAGCUGAGACUGCUUUGUGGAACAGCAUCCACAAGAACUUUAUCACUGAUUUGAGUCAGUUCAUCCCCAUUCAUCAGAUUUUGUAAGAAAACACAUAAUCGUAAGUUUUU